AUGUCGACCAAGAUGCUGCAGGCCAACCGGCUCAGGGAGGCCAUGGGCCGGGGCCCGAGCAUGGGCCUCUGGCAAAUGCUGCCCGGGGCCAACAUCUCGAGGGCGCUGGCCCGGACGCCCGGGGUCGACUUUAUCGUCGUCGACUGCGAGCACGGCACCAUGGACGACGCGGCCAUGCACGACGCCGUGCCGGCUAUCGCGGCGGCUGGGAUCUCACCCAUCGUCAGGGUCCCCGACUUUCAGGGGUGGAUGGUCAAGCGAGCUCUUGAUAGUGGUGCGCACGGGAUACUAGUGCCGCUCAUCAGGACGGUCAAGGAGGUCGAGCAGCUCGUGUCGUCGGCCAAGUUCCCUCCCCAGGGCACCCGGGGGUUCGGGUCCCCUUUCGCGAUGCAGAACUUCCACCCGCUGUCCAUGACCGAGUACCUGCAGCAGGCCAACGCGAGCCUGCUGACGGUGGUGCAGAUCGAGACGCGCGAGGCGCUCGAGGCGGUCGAGGAGAUCGCGCCGCUCGUCGACGUGCUCUUCGUCGGGCCCUUCGACCUCGGCAACAACAUCGGGCACCCCGUAAUCGACGGCAAGAUGGACCCGGAGCUGGACGCGGCCAUCGAUCGGGUGCGGCUCGCGGCCGAGCGCACGGGCACGACGCGGUCGGGCAUCUUUUGCACCGGCGGCGAGCAGGCGCGGAGAUACGCCGAGCAGGGGUUCCGCAUGCUCAGCGUGGCCACCGACAUCACGGGCCUGCAGGCCGCCAUGGCCGAGUCGGUGGCCGUGGCCAAGGGGGAGGCCAAGCCGGACAGGAGCGGUCGGUACUAG